GACAGGCAGGGUCGUCCACGCGCCGCUGUCCGUCGUUCUGUCUGCGGGGAAUCUGACGGAAAUGUAGGUUAAGCGCGCGCGGUGGGGAUAUUUUAGGCGCUGAAAGCGAUCAAAGCGCGAUGCAGCGCUGAGCGUCUCGCGGAGCUUCCAUUGUCCUCGCGCGCGGUGCACGCGGCCUGGCCGUGAAACGCUGAGAGAGAGAGAGAGAGAGAGAGAGAGAGAGAGAGAGAGAGAUUGCUGCUCGUGCUGGAGGCUCGUGCUGCAGUGAGUGAGUGAGGCGGAGGAUGGCAUGGAGUGACAGCGGGCAGCGCGAGGUCCAAUCGGUGGCACGAGGGCAUCUUCAUACGCGCAGAGGGGUGAGGACGUGUCUCUGUGUGUUGUCUCAGUUGGGGUGUCUGAGGUCAGACUGACUGCAGGAGGAGUGGUUGAUGUUGAUGAAAGUGUUCAGUGAUCCUGGACCGGAGCAGCUCUGCCCAUGAGCAGUGAGGCGAGCCUGCUGUUGGCCGGAAUAGUUAUCGGCCUUGUGCUCAUCAUCUCCUGCAUCACCAUCAUCAUCGGCAAGCUGAGGAAGGGCAACCACAAGAGGAACCCAAACCUGCGCUCCAGCAGUCUCGUUGGAGACCGGUACUUCGUGGGCUCGAAUGGGGAACUGAGGCCCAUCCGUCCUGAUGAUUCUCGCACCGCGUCUGACUGGGACUCCUACAUGGAGACGGUUUCCCAGAACAGCGACACGUGUCCGGACUCUCCGCCUCGGUAUGACGAGUGCGUGGAACAGAUCGCCCCUCCGACGUACGACCCCACAGAGGCUCCUCCGCCGUACUCCCUCACCGACCCGUGCCGGUGGGAUCGAACGCCCUCCCCUCCCUUCUACGAGCUGCAGGUGGCGCUCUCUUCAGAUGCUUCAGCUUAUCCGAUCAGACAGUGGGACUUCAGAGACUGGUCAAUCGCGUCCGUCUCUCCCUCUCCGCUGCCCCUGGAGGAGGCGCCCCCCUACGAGGCCGUGGUGGUGGUCAGCCCCAGUGCCACAGACAGACAUUAGGGGGGCGAGCCCACCUUUGAUGACCCCUGAAACCCCUCAGGCUGUGUCCUUCUCUGAGACACUCCCCUGCAAUAUGUAGUGCAGUAGCCUCUGUAUUAUUGUGUACGCUAUUCCAGGCAGGCUUCAUAGCGAGACGUCUGUUUACCGAAUAUUUACAAAUGGCAUUAAAAAUAGGUUCCGUGUGAUGGGGGUAAAUGGUCCCUGAUAGCUUUAGUGCCGUUAUGACUUCACACAGCAGGAGAGAAAGGCUGGAAGAAAAACUCCUGGACAUGCAAAGUCAUUUUGAUGGUGAUGGAAAAAGGGACAGGAGUCUCUCCGGGUUUUCUGGAGCCUUUUCGCCGGUGAUAAAGGGAUACAGCAGAAAUUAAACUGUCCUAAACGUAGUUUAGCCACUUUUUUUGGGUAGCUAAAAAUGACAGUGAUAGGAGGUAAAUUCGUAGAAAGAUGAGGUGGCUUGACUGAUGACUAGGGCUGUGUAAUUAAGGUUGGGGUGGAUUUAAGGUGGCAGUGAAUUUAAGGUAGAAGGGAAUUUAAGGGGCAGUGGAUUUAAGGUAUCAGUAAAGUGGUAGUGGAUUUUAGGUGUCAGUAAAUUUAAGGUGGCAUUGAAUUUAAGAUGGCAGUGGAUUUCAGGUAAAAUAAAUUUAAGGUGGUAGUGAAAUUAAGGUGGCAUGAGAUUUAAGGUGGCAGUGGAAGGUGAUAUAUUGUGAUUUUUUUUUUCAUGUAAUUUUAGGAAAAGUGUCACAGCAUGGAAAUCACACCUCCUUAUGCAUAAAAUCUAAGGAAAAGAAAAGGCCUAAUGGCUGAAGAUAGAUACAACACUGCCAUCUAGUGAUCAGGGGUUUAAAGACGACACAAAACGACCCAAUUUCUGCCACAAAUUUUUGCAUGUAAACUUAUUUUAAAUCAAUUACUCGAGUUUAUCAAUGUUUUUUUAUUGUUUUAUCACAUCUUGCCAUCAGAUAUGCUGAAGGGAGGUCGAGCGAGCUGCACGACGAGGGGAAGCGGCGAAAACCUUUAUUUAGCAGUAAUUCAGAUUCAACGUAAAGUUUUCAUUCAGGAGCAGCUGGACGUUCUUCUUGUUCCCCUUUUCGUGAGGCCGAAGUUGACGUCUACUUCAAAAUGUCCAUCCCACCUUUAGCGAUGCCGCAUUUGUGCAGUUGCCGGAAUGUAACUGCAGCACCUCUUAAGGUGGAACGGAAAAUGUAAAUAAGCUGAAUUCGGCUAAGAAGCUUGACUGUUUUCUACAACGUUGAGCGAAAAAUAUUGUCUUUGUUUUCCGUUUGUUGCGAGUCUGAGUUUCUGUCGUAGAGUUAGUGUCCACGGUCAGGCUCAACACGCUUGGAGGAGAAUACGAACUGCUAACUCUAACCACUGAGCCCGGCUCCCCCAUUUUAAUAAUAUCUUAAUAAAGUAAUAAAUUUAAAAAUAAUUAAUACAGAUUUGCACUUAACUUGGUAAAAAAUGUAAUAAAACCCAGUAAAAGUAAAACUUAUCCCGCAUUAUUGGGCAAAUUAUUGCAUUACUAGAUUUUAUGAUUUCUUGACUAACACCCACCCGUGUUGUCUAGCAGUGAUGGGGGUGGGUGUCUGAUGGCACACGUACCUGUAGCAGCAUUUUUUAAAACUUCCCAAAAACUUUGACGAAGCGUCUUUUAAACGUUGAGCUAAUCGAUACUUUUUACGUGUAUGACCAUUACGUGAUUAUUAGCUGGCAGCCCUGCAGGAAGUCUGGCAAAAUAGAUCUGCGACGUCUUGUCAUCAGACUACACGUCCGAUCGGUCAGCGAGUGAGUCGGGGGCAGUCCUGGACCCCUUUCCUGCAUUUUAUCCAAAAAGUUGUGAGCCGUGUUUAAAAUGCUAAGCUCGUCAUCGGUGCAGUCGUCUAAGGAACCGCAGGAACAAUGCAGAAAUGUUUUUUAAUGUUUAAUAUUUUCUAAAAAGCGUUUUCUUCUCUUUAUUAAUUUUAUAUUUGGGCUGUAGGCCAUCAGGAAUAUGGCACAUUAUUUAUUAUUAUACAGAAGUCGGUUAUCGAUCGUUGUGGCCCGUGUACCCGAUUUUGGAAUAAUAUCUCAAUAAAGUAAUUAAGUAGAAAUUUGCACUUAACUUGGUAGAAAAUGUAAUAAAACCCAGGAAUGAAGUACCUGACCCACAUUAUUAUUACAUUACUAGAUUUGAUCAUUUCUUGCCCAAGUUUAGUGUGAAAUAUUAUUGCGUUUCUCAAAGCUGCUACAUUGGGAGAUUUCUCUUUCCUAUAAUGUAUAUAAAACUGUAGUCAAGCCCAGAUUUUUAUUUGUUUGACUGCUUUCUCAGUAUUAAACGCUCUUAUGUAGCUUUUACACACGACAUUUACUCAGAAUAAUGAGAAGAGUGGGCUGACCAUGUUGGCUUUGGGGUGUUUAUUCUUCUUUACACCACUUAAAAACCUUAAACCACAAAAUAAUCUUUCCUGUUUUUAACUUUAUCCUGAACGCCACGGAAGCUCUAGUCUCACAAACCAGAGUUUUUCUUUUCUGGAGUCCGGAGCAUUUUAUAGUUCAAUGUGAUGAAGAGCCGCCUAGCUUGACAGGAAAGAACCAUUUGAAUUAUUUGAAAAUCACAAACUGCAGGCCGGCUGGUUUUUGUGUGACGUGUUAGGGCAGCGAUUUUCCAAAUGCUACAACAAAAACGCACCUGGUAGAAACAAACAUAUGUGCAUCGGUGAACGUGAGGGCGUCCUGUUCCAGAGCUACAAAGAAAACUUUGAAUAUUGUAAAAACGUGGUUCACAAAAUACGUUGAAAUGGAAAUGGAAAACAAGGAAACUUGGAAUGGGGUUUUCCAGUCAGAUGUAUGUGCACAUGAACAUGGGGAUAGCCAAUGAAAACAGAACAGGCAAAAUUCCAAUAGCUGUGGUCAGUUUAGUUUCCUACAGAUAUUAGAUGCUUUGGGAACAUGUGGGCGGAGCACCUGAGACUGAGACUACAGAAGCUCUGACAUUCCGAGUGGGAAUUAUGAGUUGGAAAGCUGUGUUUUGCUACAAGUGAUGUCAUUGGUCCAUCAUUGCCGCAGUUUCCAAUACCCAUUCAAAUUGAAAUAACUGGUAGAACUGUGACUUUACAAGCUGACGAGAACGCCUGAAUGCACCAUUACUGGAUGAUGGGAACCGUUCACACUCACCGUUCGGAGAUUUGGAGGUGGAACAGAGUGAAAAUGUGGGGCAGAAUGUCUACAGAAGACGGCUCAUUUCUACAGACUCAAAGACUCACAGCAGAGAGCUGGACCUCGCACGGGAACAUCUCCAGAGCCCCACCGUUACCUCGAUGAUCAGCCCAAACCAGCCAGCAUGCUGGAAAUUCAUGGGGUGCUGUCACAAAUCCCCAAAGCUAUGGACCACUACAAAUGGAUUUCCACAGAUUUGUUCAAAAUUCCUGCUUAAUUUAAAGACUUAGAUGUAAACAGAGCAGGUCAGAGUGUUUUGGUGUGAAACGCUAAGGUCUAGAUAACCUUACCAAGUCAGAGCUGCUCACAGUGGUGGUGAUGGGAACCAGACGUCCCUCUAAAAGCUCCUACAGAAAGUUCCUACAUGAACUGGUUCUGAAUUCACUGCUGAUGACUGAGACGCUGUUUUA